UAAACAGGAAGGAAACAAGGAGCCAAGUGGGAGGAAAUAUUAAUCAGAUGCAAUAUAAACAGUGGGAGAUGUAUGUCCCCACACAGUUGAACCCGAAGGCUGAAUCGGGAACUAACCAAGACAAUUGAAAACAUGAUGGAGAAGAAUGCCUACGCCAUGGCCACUCUGGGCCUCGACACCAAAAAUGCCCUUCAACCCAAGCGGGAUUGUGGCUUCUACAUGAAGUAUUUCUUCCUCUUCCUCUCCCUCAUCCAGUUCCUUAUCAUUUUGGGAUUGGUACUUUUCAUGAUCUACAGCAACCCCCGGGAAGCCACCGAGAAACACCUCAAGGGCUUGACGAACCAGCUGCAGGACAGUGAGAAGAAGAUCAAAGCCCUCAACGAAGAGAUUGGCAAAUUCAAGCGCCAUCUUAAUGCCACGGAGAAGGAAGCUCGUCUGGUACAGACCCAAAUGGCCAGGCUGAACGCCACCUUGAGGCUUUGCAACAAUGAAAAGGUAACAAUGAAGGAACAACAGAUCAGCAAUGCAGCAGCUCUUGCAGCGGCAAAUGAAAAUAAAUUCAAUUUGCGUUAUUUGAAUAUUAGUUGCAUUGCACAGGUGACCAGGCUGCAAAAGGAGCUGAUGGGCUUGGAGCUGAAUAGCAAGAUGGAGAGAGAAAAGUUAAGCCAGGACAACAAGUCUUGGCAAAAGAAAGCCGAGGACACAGAGAAAGAGAAGAACGAAUGCCUGCUAGACAAACUCCAGCUGCAAACACGGGAACAGAAGUACCAGGAGUUGAAGUCCGCCGUGAUCCAAGAGUUAGAACCUGUCCUUAAGAACUUGAAAGCUUCCACGGAGCAGUUUUUGACUUCCUACGAGAUCCGUGGCUGUUACCGCCUUGAGAUUGAAAACACCUUCCGCUCUAUCUUCAGAAAUCUGCAGACCCAUCUUGAUACAGUGGCACAAGAACUUGACCAGAAGGCCAACGAGGUGACUCGAGAGAAUGCCCUGUUGCAAACCCAGAAGGCUGCUUGUCAACAACAUCUGCAGGAACGGGACCAGCAGCUCAGCCUCCAGCAGCAGCAGUUUAACUUGGAGAAGCAGAUCCUCCAAGAAACCGGAGAACAUCAAGCUCAGAAAAUAAGGGGCGAAUGCACGAAGAUGCUGGAUGAGAACGAAAGCUUGAAGCUGCAGCUCCAGCAGACCAAACAGGCCUGCAUCGGCCUGCGGACUUCAGCUCCGGGCAACACGGCUUUGAGGAACCCAUUAAGUCUGGGCCCACCUAAUCCCUUUGGCACCUUUCCAAGAAAUUUGGGGAAUACAGGAGGUCUCGGAAAUCCUGUAGGAAGCUCUAAUGUCUUCAGCAGUCCAAGCCUAUGGGGGAGACCAAGUUCACCGGCUCAGCCGAGUUCUGGAUCUCAGCGAAAUUUAAACACGGCUGAACAAAAUAAAUUCCAGGAGAUCUUGAAGGCUGCUGCAGAGACUGGAAAGUUGUCAAAUUUAGCACCAGUAAAUCCAGCGGGACAGCCCAAGUAA